AUGUUUUUAAAAAGAAUACUAAACACUGAAAUAUUCUUAAGCCAAAGAGUCUUUAGCCGAGCGAAUUCUUCGUGGGAUGUUGUAACUGGUGUAUGUGUGGAAAGAUUGCCCGUAGUCACUCCACCUCUUAAUGAAAUUCAAAAGAAAUACAAGGAAUUUCUCUGGACCGUUGAAGUAGAAAACAGUUUGAAAUCCGAUCAUGAACUACGACAUGAAAACGACAAGAAACAGGCUGAAAUAUUAAAAAGGGAGUCAGCUGAAGUAGACUUAGAUGCUGUUAGUAAAAUAACUGCUCAAGAUUUUGAGGAUUCCGCCACUGAAGAAUUCGCACAAUUUAAAUUUGCUAGCAUUGAAACUGAAGCAGAUAAGAAAGGUGAUAAAUCCACUCAUGAUAGAUGUUUGCAAAGGCAUUUAAUACUUGUCACUGAACAAAAAUUAGGGAGUGAUGUGAAAAAUAUUCUACCUCAUGGUCAGUGGAAGGAAGGAGAAACUUUACGACAGACUGCUGAAAGAGUGUUACAGGAGAAAUGUGGACCAGGACUUAAAGUUGAUUUCUUGUCAAAUGCCCCAUGUGGAUUCUAUAAAUAUAAGUACCCUACUGCAGUUGAAGGAAAGAUUGGCGCUAAGGUAUUUUUCUAUUACGCUAAUUACAAAGGUGGAGAUGUGAACUUUAAAGCAAAAUCUAAUUGGCUUACUAGAAAGGAAAUGACUGAAGUAUUGCCCGACAGAUACAAUAAAGCGAUACGAGAGUUCCUUAUAGAAGAGACAUACUGA